AUGAACAUUAGAGAUAGAACAUUAGAAUUCCAAAGGUCUGUAUCCACACAAAUACGUCUGAACAAAAUCAAAGGACCGAGCACUACUAACCUUCCAGAUGAAAAUAGUAAAAAAAGUGAAUUUUCUAAAUCUGCAUCGGCCAUAGCACACGAAAUUGCUACGACAGCACAAUUGUUGUCUAAAUUAGCAGUAUUAUGUAAGAAAAAACCAAUGUUCAAUGAUAAUCCUGUUGAAAUUGCCGAAUUAUCCUUUCUUAUCAAAAGAAAAAUAUAUUCGAUUGAAAGUGCCAUGAUUGAGUUAAAUAAACUAUCCUCUAAUAAUGCCUCCUCACAAGAAGAGAGAUCCCAGCAUUCACAUAAUGUUAUGAACUUGUUAAGUACCAAGAUGAAGAAUAUAAGUGGCGAUUUCAAAACUGUUUUGGAAAAGAGACAACAAAUGGAAAUAACCAAUAGAGAUAGACUAGAGAAGUUAUCUAAUGGUAAUAAUAGUAGUGAGAAUAAUACGAAUAAUAUUAAUGGAGGCGAUAUCAAGGACAUAACUACCAGUAAUAUGAAUAACUAUAACAAUUCCAAUCCAUUUCUAUCAACACUGUCCGAAAACACUGACAAUUCUAAUAACACCUAUAACAACAGUAUUGGUAUUCCCAGUCAGCAGCAGUUGAUGUUAUUGGAAGAACAGCAGCAAGAUAUGAACCAAACAUAUUUACAAGAGCGCAAUAGAGCAGUGGAGACCAUAGAAAGCACUAUACAGGAGGUUGGUUCGUUAUUUCAACAAUUGGCUCAUAUGGUUCAAGAACAGGGCGAACAAAUUCAGAGAAUAGAUGAUAAUGUGCAGGACAUUGAUUUGAAUAUUCAAGGUGCGCAAAGAGAAUUAGUCAGAUAUUUCAAUAAUAUUAGUAAUAAUAGAUGGAUGGCUGUCAAAAUAUUCGCUGUUAUUUUUGUAUUUUUUUUAAUAUGGGUGUUAGUUAAUUAG